AAAGAGAGGUUGAGUCACUGUGGCGUUCCAGCAGAGACUCUGCAGCAACACAUUCCUGUGAAGCAGAUUUAUUUUACCACUUAGAACUGGAGCUGAGUCACAGAGUCUGAGACCAGAGAGUCUGAAGAUAGAAAGUGAAGCUCCAGUCAAAGUCUGCAGAGAUGAAGUUACUGGUCUUGUUGCUGCUGAUGGAACAAACUGCAGCUCAGCAAAGAGGUCUGUUUCCCGCCAUCUUGAACCUCGCGAGUAACGCCAUGAUCAGCAGCAACGCCACGUGUGGAGAUCCAGAACCUGAAGUUUACUGUAAACUGGUUGAACACGUUCCAGGAAGAACAAUCAAGAACCCACACUGUCCCAAAUGUGAUGCCAACUCCGUCCUGUCCAAAGAACGUCAUCCGAUCACAAACGCCAUCGACGGGACAAAUCAAUGGUGGCAGAGUCCGAGUAUCAAGAACGGACAACAGUUCCACUGGAUCACCAUCACACUGGAUCUAAAACAGAUUUUUCAAGUCGCCUACAUCAUCAUCAAGGCAGCGAACUCUCCUCGCCCAGGUAACUGGAUCCUUGAGCGUUCUCUGGAUGGUGUGAACUUUGACCCCUGGCAGUUCUACGCCAUCAGUGAUUCUGAGUGUUUGACUCGUUACAACAUCACACCGAGACUCGGACCUCCGACCUACAAAAGGGACAGGGAGGUCAUCUGCACGUCGUACUACUCCAGACUCAACCCGCUGGAGCACGGGGAGAUCCACACGUCUCUGAUUAACGGCCGACCCAGUGCAGAUGAUUUGACCUCUGACCUGCUGAACUUCACGUCAGCUCGUUACAUCAGACUGAGACUUCAGCGAAUCAGAACUCUGAACGCCGACCUGAUGACCCUGAGUGCACACGACCCCCGAGACAUUGACCCCAUCGUGACCCGGAGGUAUUAUUAUUCCAUCAAAGACGUGUCUGUGGGCGGAAUGUGUAUCUGCUACGGACACGCGAAGAGCUGCCCCCUGGAUACUGUUACCAAGAAGCUGCAGUGUGUGUGUGAACACAACACCUGUGGAGAGAACUGUAACAAGUGUUGCCCUGGUUACCACCAAGAGCCAUGGCAACCAGGAACCAUCUCCGAGGGAAACACAUGUGAAAAGUGUAACUGUCACAACAAAGCAGUCGACUGUUUCUACAAUCAAACCGUCUCAGAACUGUUGUUGAGUUUAAACUCUGGCGGCGUUCGUCGUGGAGGCGGAGUUUGUAUCAACUGUCAACAAAACACAGCCGGCAUCAACUGUGAGACGUGUCGUGAUGGACACUACAGACCUGCUGAGGUCUCUCCAUACUCAGAUUCUCCGUGUGUUGGGUGUCGUUGUGAUGUCAGAGGAUCGACGUCUUCAGUCUGUGCCAGAGACGACACACAACCAGGUCAGUGUGUGUGUCACCAGGGUUUUGCAGGUCGACAGUGUGAUCGUUGUGCGUUUGGAUACAGAGAUUUUCCACAUUGUGUUCGCUGUGAGUGUGACCUGUCAGGCAGCAUCAACACCGACCCCUGCAGCCCCUGCACCUGCAAGGUGAACGUGAUGGGAGCUCACUGUGAUCUCUGCAAACCGGGUUUCUACAACCUGCAGGAGAAAAAUCCUCUCGGCUGCACCAACUGUUUUUGUUUCGGUGUUUCCGAUGUAUGUGAGAGCUCCACCUGGUCCACAGCUCAGGUGUUUCAUGGGGAUGCUUGGCUCCACCCCUCUCAGUCACACCACAUCCCCACUGCUGUCCAUAGCAACGACCUCAUCCUCCCUGGCAACACCUCGUCUGGCCACAUCCAUCAACUAGUGCUCUCAUGGGCAGCACCUGCCAGUUUCCUAGGCAACAAGCUGAUGUCUUUCGGAGGUUACCUGAACUAUGACGUGGUUUAUGACAUCCCAUUGGAUAAUGAAGACCACUCUCUCCCCGCCCACUCUGACAUCAUUAUUGAGGGUAACGGCCGGGCUCUUCGUCUCUCACCCCUCCUCGUCCUCCUCCUCUCUCCACUGGCCGAGCGCUCUGUUGCCUUGGCAAUGAUCCCUCAGCGUUUUGUGGAUGAUCAGACAGGUGAUCACGUAACCCGCGACGACCUGCUGUCGGUCCUUGCCGGCAUGACGUCACUGAGGGUCAGAGUUCACUUGAACGCCUCUGCCGAUGGACCUAUACGUCUCAGUCGAGUGUCUCUGGACGUUGGGAACUCUCAAUCAGUUUCUGGGAUUCAGGCCGUUGCCGUGGAGACGUGUGAAUGUCCGUGGGGUUACAGCGGAACUUCCUGUGAGACAUGUCUCCCAGGUUUCUACAGAGUGGGAGGAGUCUUGUUUGGAGGAAACUGUCUGCAGUGUGAGUGUAACGAUCACGCUACUGAGUGUGAUGUCAACGGAGUUUGUUUGGGUUGUACCCACAACACUACAGGUUCUCACUGUGAUCAGUGUCUCCCUGGUUUCUAUGGCGAUGCCACAGAGGGGACACCGAGUGACUGUCGGAUGUGUCCGUGUCCUCUGACAGAGCCAUCCAACAGUUUCAGCCCCACGUGUGUGCUGGAGGUGUCUGGUCAGGUGUCAUGUGACCAAUGUCAGGGCGGAUACACGGGAGCAAACUGUGAGAGGUGUGCCAGUGGUUACUAUGGUAACCCACAGGUGGUGGGUGGCGCAUGUGUACGCUGUGAGUGUAACGGUAACGUGGACGUCAGCGAGGUGGGACACUGUGACGACAUCACUGGAGACUGUCUCCGUUGCCUUGGUAACACGGCUGGGAGUCACUGCGAGGUCUGUCAGCCUGGAUACUAUGGAGAUGCCUUACACACCAAGGACUGUCGGGAGUGCGGCUGUGACGUCAGCGGCGCUCCCUCCAGUGCGUGUGAUGUCACAACAGGUCAAUGUUCAUGUAGAGAAAAUGUGACAGGAAGAACUUGUGACCGUUGCCAGUCGGGGUUCUUCGGGCUGCAGAGUGGGCGGGGCUGCUCGGCCUGCAACUGCCAAUCUGGAUCUAGUUCUGAGUCAUGUGAUGAGGACGGCCGGUGCCAGUGUGUCGUGGGCGUCGGUGGAGACAAGUGUGACCACUGUAGUCGUGGUUACUAUGGUUUCCAUGGCAUUGGCUGCACAGCAUGCACCUGUUAUCACACUGGUGGGAACUGUGACCCCGAGAACGGAGAGUGUGUCUGCCCCGCCCACACAGAGGGAGACAAUUGUGACAGGUGUGAAGCAGGUUACUGGGGUCAUAACCUUACCACAGGGUGCAAGUCCUGCAGCUGCAGCGCAGAAGGAAGCUCCACCCCUCAGUGUGAUGUCACAAAUGGGCAGUGCCAGUGCAGUGAGGGGUUUGCUGGCAGGUCAUGUGACCAGUGCGCACCUGGUUACCAUGGUUACCCAGCAUGCUCGGCAUGUGGCUGCGACACGUCAGGAACAGAAGAUAGGUUCUGUAACAGAACGCUGGGAGUGUGUGACUGUCGACACACUGGAGAGUGUGUGUGCAAGGUGGGUGUGUCAGGGCGCCGUUGUGAGGAGUGUGUCUCUGGUUGGUUCGGUUUGUCAGCGAUGAAUCCAUACGGCUGCUCUCAGUGUUUCUGUUCAGGACUGAGCCGAGACUGUGAGGAGAAGGGAGGACUGACCAGAGUACCUAUCACCCUGGCUCGCUCGCCUGCUCUCUUGUCAUUGGUCACUCAGUCAAACCUCCAGGGUGUAGUAACUGGAGUUUACCAGCAGGAUGGUGACGUGCUCCUUGACACCCGUCAGCUCAACAUAAGCAGACUGACCGGUCCAUUCUACUGGAGACUGCCACCCCAGUUCCAAGGCAGCCAGCUGCUGUCGUACGGAGGCCUGCUGUCUUACAUCAUCACUUUCUAUGCUGAAGAUGGUUUGGGACUGUCCAAUCAGGAGCCUCAGGUUCUGAUGAGGGGCGGGAUUCUGAGGAAGUUUGUUAUAUACACUGACAUGGUUGCCCCUGGCAAUGGCGUCAUGACUCCGCAUGAGAUCAGGAUGACAGAGCAUAAAUGGAAGUAUUUUAACUCGGUGUCAGAGAAGGCGGUAAGUCACGAUGACUUCAUGUCCGUCCUGAGUAACGUCCAGUAUGUGAUCAUCAAGGCUUCAUAUGGCACCAGACUGCAGCAGAGCAGGAUCUCUAACAUCACCAUGGAGACAGCGGUGGAGGCGAAGUUAGAGCAAGAGCCAGGUGUCACAGGGGAAGUGGUCCGACUCAUUGAGUCGUGCAAUUGUCCACCUGGACACACGGGACUGUCCUGUCAGGAGUGUGCAGCAGGUUAUUUUCAUCGGCCUCAGUCUGAAUUAUCAUCUCAGAGUCAGAAGUUGAUGUUUGUUCAUCCGUGUGUUCGCUGCCGCUGCAACAACCACAGUGAGAUCUGUGACACGGAGACUGGAGACUGUCAGGACUGCCAGCAUCACACCGCUGGGCGGAGCUGUGAGUUCUGUGCCCCGGGGCAUUAUGGGAACGUCAGUGGUUCCACCAGUGACUGUUCGCUGUGUGCCUGCCCUCUACGGGACAACAGUUUCAGUCCCACUUGUGCGUCAGAGGGAGCGCUUGGCGACUUCCGCUGCAACGCGUGUCAGACAGGGUACGAGGGGAGAUACUGUGAAAGGUGUUCUGUCGGUUACUACGGUAACCCCUCAAUGCCCGGUGGGAGGUGUUCACGGUGUAACUGCAGCAGGUGGGGUUCCCCCCGCUCACUGUGUGAUGCACUGACCGGACAGUGUGAGUGUAAAGCAGGGGUCAAAGGUCAGUCAUGUGACCAGUGUGAUGACAGACACGUCCUGCAGGGGGAGGAGUGUGUGUCGUGUGACGACGAGUGCACGGGCGUUCUGCUGGACGACCUGGACCAACUACACAACAACUUCUUUUCUGUCAAUGUGAGUGGCGUUACCAUGGCACCAUACCGCCAGCUGGUGGUGCUGAAGAACCAGACCGGCAACAUCAAGUCGCUGUUGUCAGAGAAACGCUCCGUCACUCUUCAUCUGUCCAGAGUGGAAGAGGAUUUGAAUCAUUUGACCUCUGACCUUAGUGCUUUACUCAAGCAGGUCACACGUGUGUCUGACGACCUGCAGGAAGUGGGCGUGUCCACAAACAUCAGCCUCUCCCAGGGUGCAUUGCUCCUUGAGAGUAUCAGCAACCUUCUAGACAAUAUUCAGGUGCUGCAGAGGGAGGCGGGGCAUCUGAACCAGACAACAGAGGAGGAGCCUGAAUCAGCCAAUCAGACACAUUUGUUGGAGGCGUUAGAGUUCAUGUUGGAUACCAUGAGAGCUGUCAAUCUAACAGCCGCCAACAACUCAGCCAAUCAGGAGCUCAGCCUGUCACAGUCUCUCGUUCACUCGCUGAAGGUCGACUUCCUGUCCAGCAGGACACUGGUUGACAACAGGCUCCGCCCCCUUGUCGCCUCACUUACUGUCAACAUGGAAAUGUUGAAAAACGCACACGUACAUUUAAACAAUGCCGCACAACAAAACACACAAACACACUCUCGGCUGAACAUCACACACUCUGUGCUGCAACAAUACCAGUCUGUCCAUCAGGACCUGACCUCUGAGUGUCUUUCUGUGGACGGACGGUUGGACAACAGUCAGCUGUUGUUGGACGACAGCGUCAGUUUGAUGGAUGAGUUAACAAACACCACGACGCAGGUGGAGCUGUUGGCUGGUCAGUUGGAUCAGUGGCGCCCCCUGUUGAGGAAACAGGUGGACAGCUUGGUUGUUGGACUAAAGAUGACAGACGCCCUGGAAAAUGUUUACCGUGCAGAGAGCCACGCCCACCAGCUGCAGAGCCACGCCCACUCACUGCACAGCUUUCUGUCGUCUGUGUGUAACGUGUCACAAAACAGCAGCCGAUUGGUCCAGAUCGACAGUGACAUCACCAAGCGAGUUGACUCUGCCCAGCAGGUGGCCUUGAUCGCCCAUUUUUCCGCCUCCCUCGCUCUUAAUAUGACCGUCCAAUCAGUGCAGCUGCUGUCAGAGGAGGGCGGAGCCAAACAGAACAUCAGCUCUGCUGUUUUACAAAGAAGUCGACAAAUCAACAAGACCGCUGAGGACCUGCAGCUGAAUGUCUCCAUGGUAACCAGUAGACUGGGACGUGUCAAAGAGAGUGUCCUUAACUCAAGCUUCCUCAUCCUUCAGCCAAUCAGAGAGCUGCAGAGCAUCUCUAAUGGUUCGACCAUGUCAUUGCAGCAGGCUCAGCUUCAGGCUGCAGCAGCCCACUCUGGCCUGCAGGUGGCGCUAAAGCAGCUGCAGAGACUUGAAGAUCAGCUGCAGGAUUCUUCUUCUGUGGUGGAAAACACGAUCCACACCGUGAGGGAGACUAACCGGCUGGUGACUCACACACAUGCUGCAGCCAAUGAGGCGCAGCGUAAGCUGCAGGAGGCGGAGCAUCACACAGAGCGUCUGAUGGAGCGAAUAAAGCCACUGAGCAUCCUGGGUGAAACACUGAGCCGGAACCUGUCCGACAUCAGAGAACUGAUUGAUCAGGCCCGUCGACAAGCUGCUUCGAUUAAGGUGGCGGUGCAGGCGGACGGAGACUGUGUUCGAUCCUACAAACCUCAGAUUCAGUCGAGUAACUUCAACACCGUCAGUCUGAUCCUGAAGACGACCAGUCGACAAAACCUUCUCUUCUACCUGGGCAGCAACAUAACGGUGGACUACCUGGCUAUAGAGAUGCAUGAUGGGAAGGCAUCUCUGGUUUGGGAUUUGGGUUCAGGCAGCAACAGACUGGAGUUUCCUGGACUGGACAUCACCAACAACAGGUGGACCCGAGUCAAUGCUACAAGGUUUGGGGCCCAGGUCUCUCUUUCAGUCCAUCAGCUGGAAUCAGAGACAGCUCAACUUCCUGCGGUAACAGCACUAUCACCAGGAUCCUCCAGAGUUUUAGACAUCAACAAAAACACAGUGAUGCACAUCGGAGGCCUGGGAGCUCACAUUCAGAGCCCUGCGGCGCUGAGGUCCUACACCUUUCAGGGCUGUCUCGGUGAAGUGUUGCUGAACGAGAGAAACAUUGGACUGUGGAACUACGACAGCAGAGAGGGAGAGUGUGGAGGCUGCUUCAGCAGUCCCCAGGCAGAGGAGACGUCCUUCCACUUUGAUGGAUCUGGAUUCUCAUUGGUCCAGAAGUCUCUGCGUGCGACUUCCACCUCCAUCGUGCUACUGUUUAAAACUCUGUCACCAGGCGGAUUACUGCUCUAUCUCGCCUCCAACAACACGAGAGACUUCCUGUCCAUAGAGCUGGUGGAGGGGCAUGUCCGUCUUACGUUUGACCUUGGUUCAGGUGUUCUGACCCUGACCUCUAACAGGAAGUACAACACUGGGGUGUGGUACAAGAUCACCCUGCAGAGGAACAAACGCAAAGGUUACCUGUCCAUCAUGGCUGCUGACCAAUCAUCGGAGAAGGAAGUGUUGGAGGCAGAGUCUCCUGGGAUUGCCUCCGACCUGAACCGCUCCGACCUCGACCCCAUCUACAUAGGAGGACUUCCUGCCUCCAGACCAAUCAGGCGACAGGUGGUGUCCAGGUCGUACGUUGGCUGUAUAAAGAACGUGGAAAUAGCUCGAUCCAACUUCGACCUGCUGAGAGACGCAUACGGAGUCAGGAAGGGCUGUGUCCUCAAGGCUGUACGGAGUGUGUCAGUUCUGUCCGGAGGCUUUGUCCAGAUCAUUCCUCCAUCAUUUGGUCAGGAGGUGGAGCUUCUCUUCUCCUUCUCCUCCAACAACCAAUCAGGAAUCCUGCUGGCUGCCUUCAGUGAGGGACGAUCGCACAGACAGCACUUCCUGUCUGCUCACCUGGUCUCAGGUGCAUUGGAGACGGAGCUUGGUGAAGUGGGAGGAGCCACUCGGAGGGUGAUGGUGAUGAAAUCUGAUAGAGGAUCCUUCGGCGAUGGAGAAAAACACUCUGUGAUUAUCACCAUCAACAGGAAGUCUCUGUCAGUGCAGGUGGACGAGGAUCACCUGAAGUCCGUUCCUCUGUUGCCAGGCGGAUUGUCCCGUCUGUCUCCAGCCUCUUUCUUCAUUGGUGGGCUGCCCUCAGGAGAGGAGUCCCAUCUUCCAAUCAGAUUACAGGAUUUAGCCAGGGGAUUCAGAGGCUGCAUCCAACACCUGGUGGUGGGCAGAGCACUUGUCGACCUAUCAGGAGCUGUGAGGUAUGAGGGGGUUGAGCUUGACAGCUGUCUAUUGGAGGCGAGAGUUGUGGCAGUGCUUCCUGACGACCAGGAUAUAGAACCAACUCCUGACCCAACCCACCUGUCUGUAGCCACGCCCACACACCUCAGUGCCUGGACACCUGGAGCACUUGCGUGUGUGUCAGAGGCGGAGCCAACCUUCCUGCCGUCAGCUGCUCAGUUUGGUUCUUCUAAACACAGUCACAUGACCUUCAUCAUUAACCCCAACACGUUCAAGAAGAGCGUCUCUGUGAGGUUAUCGGUUCGUAGCCGAGCAUCAGAUGGUUUGAUCCUCCUGCUUUCCGACUCCAAACACAUGGACUUCAUCCUCCUCAGACUGACUGGGGGCAGACUGAUGAUGUCAGCUGACCUGGGAAAAGGCCCCGCCUCCAUCAGCUCGUCUGUCGCCAUCAAUGAUGGAGACUGGCACUCUGUGAGCGCCGAGGUCAGCCGGCGGCUGGUGACCCUGUCAGUUGACAGUUCAAAUCCGGACUCUGUGACAGUUAAAGGAAACCAGCUGGACGUGGACGACACGCUCUACCUGGGAGGAUUACCACACACACACGCCACCAGAAGGAUCAAUGUAAGCAGCAGUUUACCAGGUUGUGUUCACUCCGUCAGCCUGAACGGCGCCAUGUUGGACCUGACCAAGCCCGUCUCACAGCAUAAUGUCACUUCCUGUUUCACCAAAGACCAGACAGGAAGUUAUUUUAACGGCAGUGGCUACACGGUCCUCAUGCAUGAUGGGUAUAAGGUUGGUUCGGAUGUAGCUGUGACUCUGGAGUUUCGAACGAGCCAAUCAGAAGGAGUGUUUCUGGGAAUCAGCAGCGCGAAGGUCGACGCCAUCGGACUAGAGAUGAAGAACGGACAGGUCGUGUUUAACGUGAACAAUGGGGCAGGACGAGUGUCGGUGCGUUCGACUGGUCAGGUGUUGUGUGACGGACGGUGGCACCGCCUCCAGGCCAGAAAGACCAAACACACCCUAAGUCUGAGUGUAGAUGGGCGGACUUUCACCACCCCCAACCCCUACCCACAAUCCACCUCUGCUGAAACCAACAACCCCGUCUAUCUAGGAGGGUAUCCAGUGGAAGUGAAGCAGAACUGCCUGUCGAUCACCUCCAGGUUUAGAGGAUGUCUGAGGAACCUGCAGCUCAUCAAGUCUCACCUGAGUGACACUCUUGACCUGAGCUCCGCCCACUUCCGGUUGGGUGUUACGCCUAACUCGUGUCCUGUUGCCUAGCAACGCCCAGCUUUGCUGUGAUGGUCCACACUCAGAUGAAGUGAUUCUGAUAUUGAUGACAUGAUUGAUCGAUUGUAAGAAGAGUGAGCAGUUGAUUCUCUGUAACUUUGAUUAAUCCUAGACAUCAAUCAUUAAAGAUCUAAAAAAAAAAAAUUCAAACUACUCUUCA